AUGGCACCCUCUCACCUGAGAACCCCACCCCAGGCACCUCCUCUCUUCACGGGAACGCCCUCGUCGGUUGUAGAAAAUACCAAGCGGCUCAUUGCGAGAUCGCGAAAGGUGCAAGAUGACGUCGUUGGCAAUGUCACCCUCGACACCGCCACCUUUGAACAGGUCCUUCGGCCGCUGGCGACCGAUGAAAAUGUCAUGGCGUUGGAAUCACAUAUUCUGGGGUUCUACCAGUCCGUGUCAACCGAUGCAAAGCUACGAGAUGCGUCAACCGAGGCUGAGAAGCUGAUGGAUGAUUUUGGCAUCGAAUCAGCAAUGCGUGAGGACCUCUUUAAACUGGUCGAUGCUGUAUUGAAGAAGAGUGAAAAGCUGGACCCAGAGUCGAAGAGACUCUUGGAAAAGGAGCAUAAGGAUUACAUCCGGAAUGGCCUGGGUUUGCCAGUGGGACCAAAGCGAGAUCGAUUCAAGGAAAUCAAGAAGAGACUGAGUCAGAUUUCAAUCGAGUUUCAAAAGAACUUGAAUGAAGAGAAUGGCGGCCUUUGGCUGACGAAGGAGGAGUUGAAUGGUGUGCCCGAUGAUGUCGUCUCUGGCUUGAAAAAGGGAGAAGGGGACAAUACUGGCAAGCUGUUCUUGACGUUCAAAUAUCCGGAUCUCUUCCCCGUGAUGAAAUACGCUACGAACGCAGAAGUCAGGAAGCAGGUGUCGAUUGCGAAUGAGAACAAGUGCAACCAGAACGUGCCGCUUUUCAAAGAAGCCAUUAUCCUUCGUGAUGAAGCUGCCCGACUGCUUGGAUACGCCAACCAUGCAGCGUUCCGCAUCGAGGACAAGAUGGCGAAAACACCAGAGACGGUUAAUACGUUUCUGGGUGGCCUCCGCAAAAAACUGGAGAGUGGCGGUCUUGCAGAGAUUGAAAAGCUGAAGCUUCUCAAGGCAGAGGAUCUUAAAUCACGAAAUCCUAGUCAAGUACCCGACGGCCACUACUUCUUGUGGGACCAUCGUUUCUACGAUCGUAUGAUGUUGGAGAAAGAUUACCGAUUGGAUCAUCAACAAAUUGCGGAGUAUUUCCCCUUACAGGUAACUAUCCGCGGUAUGUUGAAGAUUUUCGAGGAGAUCUUUGGCCUCGUGUUCGUGGAAAUUGAGGGAGAAGAGCGGAACAAGCUGUCGGAAACUGGCAAGGGAGAUGAUAUUGUCUGGCAUAAGGACGUUCAGGUGUUCAGUGUCUGGGAUGACGAAGGGGAGGGCAACGGGUUUGUUGGAUAUCUCUAUCUUGACCUGUUCCCGAGAGAAGGCAAAUAUGGCCAUGCCGCCAAUUUUAACUUGCAACCAGGAUUCAUCGGUAAAGAUGGAAAACGUCGAUACCCAGCAACGGCCUUGGUGUGCAACUUCUCGAAGCCUACAGCGAAAAAGCCCAGCUUGUUGAAGCACGAUGAAGUGGUUACACUUUUCCACGAGCUUGGCCACGGCAUCCAUGAUCUCGUGUCGAGAACCACCUAUUCCCGCUUCCAUGGCACUAACACCGUCCGUGACUUCGUCGAAGCACCUAGCCAGAUGCUAGAGAACUGGUGCUGGACUCCUUCGCAGCUGAAAUCACUUAGCAAGCACUAUUCUUACCUGAGUGCUGAAUAUUUGGACGCCUGGAAAGAGCAGGCUGGUAAUAAAUCUAGACCGUCAGAACAGAUUUCCGAUGAACUCAUUGCCAAUCUCAUUAAGACGAAACAUGUUAAUGCCGCUUUGUUCAACUUGCGACAGCUCCACUUUGGAAUUUUCGACAUGACCGUUCACGAGCCUGUGGAUCAUGAAACAGCUAUCAGUAUGGAUAUUACCCAGAAAUAUAAUUCUCUCCGCAAAGAAAUCGCGAAGCUCGAGGGACCGGAAAGUAUUGGCCAAGGGUACGACUGGGGCCAUGGCCAGGCUACUUUUGGUCACCUUAUGGGGGGCUACGAUGCUGGAUACUACGGUUACCUUAGCUCCCAGGUGUAUUCCGCGGACAUGUUCUAUACGGUUUUCAAGGUGAACCCCAUGAAUGGCACGGAAGGACGCAGGUACCGCCACACCGUUCUUGAGAAGGGUGGUAGCCAGGAGGAAAUGGAGACCUUGAAGCAGUUCCUUGGCCGUGAACCCACGCCAGAUGCCUUCUAUAAGGAAUUGGGCUUGCAGUAG